UUCGUUGCGGCCAGUGUUGGAAGUUUCAGUUCUUCGCAAAACCCCUCCAAUGAGUUCUCUGUACAGGGCCUCUAAAACCCUAAAAUCAACGAGACAGGCGUUUUCCGUGUUCUAUAACUCAUCGAAAUUGAACCUAUUUUCCUUGAGAUUUCAGCGUGUCCCGUUACUUUCAAGAUUGAGCGACCUUCGUUGUUUCGGAUUGGACCAAGCUUUUGGCUUCAGCUCCGAUUCCCGCCAAAAUGCCCGAGAAACCGCCAUUGAUUUGACCCAGUAUUCUUCGGAGAAGAUCCGCAAUUUCUCGAUUAUUGCUCAUGUGGAUCAUGGGAAGUCGACUUUGGCUGAUCGUCUCCUGGAGCUCACUGGCACCAUCAAGAAAGGCCAUGGACAGCCCCAGUACCUCGACAAAUUGCAGGUAGAGAGGGAGAGAGGAAUCACUGUGAAAGCUCAGACAGCUACUAUGUUCUUUGAACACAAACUGGAAGAUCAUGAAGCAACUGGUUUUCUCCUGAACUUAAUCGAUACCCCGGGUCACGUGGAUUUUAGCUACGAGGUCUCGAGAUCGUUAUCAGCCUGCCAAGGAGCUCUUCUUGUCGUUGAUGCAGCUCAAGGUGUCCAAGCACAGACAGUAGCCAACUUCUAUUUAGCCUUUGAAUCUAACCUCACGGUCAUACCCAUCAUAAACAAAAUUGAUCAACCAACAGCUGACCCGGAACGUGUAAAAUCUCAACUAAAAUCGAUGUUUGACCUCAGCCCGAGUGACGUCCUUUUAGUGUCUGCUAAAACAGGGCAGGGGCUUGAACAAGUCCUUCCUGCGGUGAUACAACGGCUACCUCCCCCUCCCGGAAUCAGUGCCUCACCUCUACGGAUGCUUUUGUUCGAUUCCUUUUAUAACGAGUAUAAGGGUGUCGUCUGCUAUGUUGCUGUUGUUGAUGGAAUGCUGAGUAAAGGGGAUAAGGUCUCAUUUGCUGCAACAGGACAAUCGUAUGAAGUAUUAGAUGUCGGGAUUAUGUAUCCUGAACUUACUUCUACUGGAGUGCUUCUUACAGGACAAGUAGGUUAUAUAGUGACAGGCAUGCGAUCCACAAAAGAUGCACGUAUCGGAGACACGAUAUACAGAACAAAAACCACUGUCGAGCCGCUUCCAGGUUUCAAGCCGGUGAGGCAUAUGGUGUUCUCGGGCGUGUAUCCGGCAGAUGGGUCAGAUUUUGAAGCACUUAACCAUGCCAUAGAGAAACUUACGUGCAAUGAUGCAAGCGUCUCUGUGACUAAGGAAACGAGUACAGCUCUGGGGAUGGGAUUCAGGUGCGGUUUCCUGGGGUUGCUUCACAUGGACGUGUUCCAUCAGCGGCUCGAGCAAGAAUAUGGGACUCAUGUAAUUUCCACCAUCCCCACGGUCCCAUACAUCUUCGAGUACUCAGAUGGAAGCAAGUUACAAGUGCAGAAUCCAGCUGCAUUGCCCUCGAACUCCAAGCAACGGGUAACUGCUUCUUGGGAGCCAACUGUGAUAGCCACAAUCAUCCUUCCGAGCGAGUACGUAGGAGCUGUGAUCAACCUCUGCUCCGACCGAAGAGGGCAGCAACUGGAGUACACAUUCAUAGAUUCUCAGCGAGUUUUCAUGAAAUACCAGCUACCCUUGAGAGAAAUAGUGGUGGAUUUCUACGAUGAGUUGAAGAGCAUAACUUCGGGUUACGCCUCGUUUGACUACGAGGAUGCGGAGUAUCAGGAAUCGGAGCUGGUGAAGCUGGACAUCCUCUUGAACGGGCAGCCGGUUGAUGCGUUGGCCACCAUCGUACACAACCAGAAAGCGUACAGAGUGGGGCGUGAACUGGUGGAGAAGCUGAAGAACUUCAUAGAGAGGCAGAUGUUCGAGGUGGUCAUACAGGCUGCGGUCGGGUCAAAGGUGAUAGCGAGGGAGACGGUAUCGGCGAUGAGGAAGAACGUUCUGGCGAAGUGCUAUGGAGGGGAUGUCACCCGGAAAAAGAAGCUUCUGGAGAAGCAGAAAGAAGGGAAGAAGAGGAUGAAACGAGUUGGUUCAGUGGAUAUCCCGCAAGAAGCAUUUCAACAGAUACUCAAAGUGUCUUGAAAACAACCGCUGUUUGUGGGAAACAGCAAAAAGCCUGGGACUUUGGUGAACAGGUGCACAAUUUUCACACAAGAAUAUUGGUGGAGGAUUCCUAGUUUUAUUUGAUUUGUACAAUAGCAUUGCUGGUCGAUUCUAAAUAAAUUUUGGAUUCAAUUAAAGCGUUGUUAUUGUAUUCGAUGGUUUUUUAAUGUUUU